AUGGCACCAAUAACGUCGUAUAUAAAGUUGAGCCCGCGAAUGGUGGUUCCAGUUAAAACUUACGUGAAUCGGAAGGAGAUCCAGAAGAACAUCAGCAAGCUUCACACACACCAGGCAACUCUUAACCUCUCGAAAGUUAUGCGAAUUACCUUAUCAAAUAAAGACCUUCGACGGCUAUAUGAAGAUAUCAAACCCAUUCUGAUGCGUAUCUUAUUUGAAUACUCAGCAGAUCACAUAAGAUCCAUAUCUAAACCUGUCAGCGAUGGCAAGUGUCGGAUCCCGCUCACAACAGACGACUGGAAAUGCUAUUUGGAAAUAACAGUCGAAGAGAUCGAGGAACUGCGUCAAUAUUUGCGAUACGAGUCUUUGGGGCAUAACCUGGGCCAAUCCUGGCUUCUAGUCAAAGACGUGGUGUUCAAAAGGGACGAAAUGGAUGAUCCACUAUUGGGUGAGGAGGAAGAUCGUAAAUCGAUAAAAGUUAAGUACCGAAAUCCUCAGAUCAUUCCGGUUCCACUUAGCAUCUACGUGCACGCUACUACGAAAUGAGCAAAUCACUAAGCACGAUUCAAAAUCAGUUUAACAUUACAGACAGAAAUAAAUCCCACGAACACUUAGGCGGCUUGCUUUUCAGGCUCGGCCCAUUCUUGCUCAGUCACAUGCAUGUUUUGAACAUCCUCGGCCAAGUCAUCAUCGUAUAUUUCACCAUCAGUAGCCUUGAAACUCAAGGUUGGCUUGACUUGGGCGGUCUCGUAGGUCCAAGAGGCAAGGGCAUUCUCGCAAUCGAUGAUGAUUUGCUUGGAUGCCUCGUAGCCAUCGUACGAUGGUCUGGUCUCACCUGGAGUCACUGGAGAGUCGUCAAGCAAUUCCAAAAGAGCCUUACCAUAACCAGCAAUCAGAGCUAAUUUCUCAGAGUGUUCUCUGAUCGAGUCGAAGUGGUAAGAGAAGGAAGCCUUCAAUUUCUCUCUGGUGAUGUUGGAAAGCUGUGCCUCAGCCACAAGCGACUCUGCCUCGGCCCUGACCAAUUCCUGUUCCAAGAUCACAAUCUUUGGGGACUGUGGGUCCUUGUACUUCAGGUAAGCAAUUUGAUCAGUGAUCUUUUGUUUCCGGUCUCUCGAUGGCUGGACGGAGCCCUCAAUGUCUCUGAUGCUUUUGAGGGUAAUUCUAUAUUGAUCGUAUCUGUCAAUGAACUGAUCGUCCAGUUCACCAAUCUCGUAGAUCAGGACGCCCAAUUUGUCUGUGAUGUCACUGACGUCGUCCUCAUUGUCUGCACCCCAGAGGGAAAGCUGCUUGGCGGCCGCCUUUCUUUCCUUGGAAGACAACUCAAUGGCUCUCAUGACAUUUUUCUCCAUUUUGACAAGCUGUGCAAGCUUCUUGGCGAGUUCUGGACCAAACGAACCAGCAGCAGAUCUUCUGAUGGAGUUGGUAAUGGAGCCCUUACCAAAGAAUCUAUUAGUCUUGGUAGAAGACGGUGGAACAGGGAUUGGGUUUUGCAAGUCAGAGGCUGUUGGAGCCCUGCUUGAUCUGAGAGAGUAGGUUCUGUGCAUGUUUGGAAAUACUUUAGCUGGGC